UACAUCCUUUUUACCAGAGACUGAGACAAAGAGGCUAUGGCGGGAAUGAGUGAUUCGGUGUCUAUCAGGGUUCCCUACAGGAACUUAAAGAAGGAAUUGGAGGUUGAAAUGAUCGAAGAUCCUCAUCUUCGGAUCGAUCUAAAUGCAUCUCCUAACUCUCCUUCAACUUCUUCUUCCUCGCCUCCGUCUAGGGUUCCUAAUGGAAACACCGACUUAUCGUCGCCGAUCGACGCCGGAUCUAAGAAUUGUAGCUUGAUAACUCUGGUUCUUAGUUGUACGGUCGCCGCUGGGGUUCAAUUUGGUUGGGCUUUGCAACUAUCGCUAUUGACGCCAUACAUUCAGACACUUGGAAUAGAGCAUGCUUUUUCUUCAUUUAUUUGGCUUUGCGGUCCAAUAACUGGUCUUGUGGUUCAACCUUGCGUUGGUAUUUGGAGCGAUAAAUGCACUUCUAAAUAUGGAAGGAGGCGGCCUUUUAUCCUUGCUGGAGCGCUCAUUAUCUCUCUUGCUGUGAUAGUUAUCGGGUUUUCUGCAGACGCUGGAUACAUAUUAGGUGAUACAAAGGAGCACUGCAGUACAUUUAAAGGUACAAGAACAAGGGCAGCCUUUGUCUUUGUUAUCGGGUUCUGGAUGUUGGAUCUUGCUAACAAUACAGUGCAGGGACCAGCACGCGCCCUUUUGGCUGAUCUAUCAGGUCCUGAUCAACACAACUCUGCAAAUGCUAUAUUUUGCUUGUGGAUGGCUGUUGGAAACAUCUUGGGAUUUUCAGCUGGUGCUAAUGGGAAUUGGCACAGAUGGUUUCCGUUCUUGGAAAGCAGAGCUUGCUGUGAAGCCUGUGCCAAUCUUAAAGCCGCAUUUCUUGUUGCUGUGGUCUUUCUCUUAUUCUGUACUAUCGUGACUCUAUGUUUCGCUAAGGAGGUUCCACUUCUGCCACCAGCAAAGCAGCCAACUCAUUUAUCAGAUUCUGCUCCUUUGUUGGAUGGUUCAACACAGAAGGGCUUUAAACCCUCAAAAUCAGAAACGGAUGCAUCCAUUGUUGCCAAUGAUAAUAGGAACAUUACUGGAAACGGAUAUGAACGAGUGUCAAACUCCAAUCAUGCUAACUCCCAAGAUAACAAUGCUCAAAAUGAAGUUUUUAGUGAUGGACCUGGAGCCGUACUGGUAAACUUACUGACCAGUUUAAGGCAUUUACCACCUGCAAUGCACUCAGUGCUUGUUGUCAUGGCCCUUAGUUGGCUUUCCUGGUUCCCGUUCUUUCUAUUUGAUACAGAUUGGAUGGGAAGAGAAGUAUAUCACGGAGAUCCGAAGGGGAAUGCUUCUGAAAUUAAAUUGUAUGAUCAAGGUGUCAGAGAAGGUGCAUUUGGUUUGCUAUUAAAUUCUGUUGUUCUGGGCAUUAGUUCUUUCUAUAUUCAACCAAUGUGCCAAAAGAUGGGAUCAAGACUUGUUUGGGCAAUGAGCAACUAUACAGUCUUUGCCUGUAUGGGUGUUACAGCUAUCAUUAGUUUGGUUUCUGUCAGAGAAUAUUCUCAAGGGAUUGAACACGUAUUUGGAGGAAGUGGAGCAAUCAAGAUUGCCGCUUUGGUUAUAUUUGCUCUUCUUGGCUUUCCUUUAGCUAUUACCUAUAGUGUUCCAUUUUCCGUUACAGCAGAGUUGACUGCCGAUUCUGGUGGUGGCCAAGGAUUGGCAAUUGGAGUUCUGAACCUAGCAAUUGUUCUUCCGCAGAUGAUUGUAUCUCUGGGUGCUGGCCCGUGGGAUGCUCUAUUUGGUGGAGGAAAUAUUCCAGCCUUUAUUUUGGCUUCCUUCUGUGCUCUAGCUGCUGGGAUUAUUGCAACUCUCAAGCUGCCUGAUCUGUCAAGUUCCUUCAAGUCAUCUGGUGUUCAUUUUGGCUGAAGAGAAAAAUGGCGAAAACCAAUCUAUAUAAGAUGCUUGGAAAUGUGGAAAUGCUGCCGUUUAGUUUCAGAAGAUGGCUAUCAUCAUUGGUAUGUAUAAUUUUCUUAUCAUAAAUAGAUGAGCAUUACAUAUCCAAAUUCAUUCAUUUCCCCCACAUUUUGUAGGUUUAUGUACUAGAUGUAGAGUGUAAAUUUCCGAUCAUUAUAUUGAAAAG